AAGGUGCAAGGCUUCUUCCAUUGUUGGUCUUGUUGUCACUUGCUUGCUUCGCGAUGGCGAACAAUGAAACGCUCCCGGAGUACAAAAACUCUAAAGAAAAUUACCAGUCAGAUUAUUCGACAAGCGAGAUAGAUCGAAAGCUCCUUGAACUAGCUGUGCAAGAAAAAAAUACCAAAGAAUGGCGCAGAAAGUUCAAACAAAUGUCCAAGGAGUUGUCUGAAAAGAUGGUAGACCAGGACACCCCUGACAAGAAUGAUGAACAAUACAAUAAACAGUCGAUAACUGAGCUCCAGGACGCAGCUCCUAAAGACAGUCUCAUUACUGAAGUUCGAACCAAACUUACAGAUUUCAGCGGUUCAUUGGCAUCUCGUGCUAAACAUUCCUUAUCAAGUUUAUAUAAAAAAUGGCACCAUCUCCCCCCUGAUAGCAGGAAAGGAGUCCUACACACAUUGGGUGUCAUAUCCUCGAACAUCGAGGUGUUUGGCAAUGCUGACAAAGACCCAAUAGGUGCAAUAAGAGGAGGGAUUAACAUCGUUGCCUCCAUAUCCAGUAACUUUGGACCAAAAGGUCAGCUUGCAAGUGUGGCUCUAGGCUUUGUCUCUGCUCUACUUGGCUUAUUUGGUAAAGGACCAAAACCGAAGACUUUGGGAGAAGUUGUCAGAGAGCAGAUACACGAUGCUCUGUCGGAAUAUCGCGACGAGAGCCUUGCUAUGGAAAAACAUGGUUUUAUGUUAUCAUUUCAACUGUCUAAAGCGUACUUAGACGAAGCUGCAGAUUCGGAUGGACCCUUAACUACAGAUGAAGUGAUUAUGGCAUCAAAUAAAGUGGUCCUUAAUGUUAAUUUCAUUGGAAAAAUUGCCUAUCUAAUAGAAAAACUGUUCAGGAAUAACAAAGUGGGCAUUGCAAGAAAAGCCAUUAGAUAUUGUGAAAUGUACGCAGAGGUGGCGUUCUACCGUGACAUCAUCCUAACACAGUUUAUUUCCAUGAUCCCGCGGAACAAUAAAAACGUUCGAAAACACCUCAAUGGAAUGAUAGCCGAUCGAGAAGUGUUUAGAAGAAUGACAAGAGCGGUACUCGCCAAGCUGUACGUGCUCGACUACGACAGUAGGAUCAUUCCAUAUUUUGACCCAGAUGUCAACGUUAUAACGGACACUUUCUCCACUAAGAUAUUGAAUUUGGGUAAUGACUAUGAUCGUUCCAUGGCUGGCAUGCAUUGCCUUAUGACCCAAGGGAGAGGUGGCCUCAAAGACCUCGAUUGGAAAAGAGCGGAAAAGAGUUUCAAACCUGCUGGUAAUCCUUACACGACACUUGUGCCACAUAACAAUCUCAACUGUUACUGGAAACUAGUGCCGCACGCAGGAAACACGUACAGCAUUAUAAAUAAGUUCAGAUGUGGAAAUUACGACUAUUGCGGCGCGAUGCUAUCCUGGUCAGUCGUUGAUGGCCAAGCCUAUGUGGACAUAACUAGGGGUGACCCUGUUUUGUGGGAAAUCGGUGGCAAUGAAUGGAAAUACAUUCGAAACAAACAGGGCUGUGGUGCCAGAGGAAGUGGCUGGUGCAACUAUCAUCUAAGGAUGAAAAUCAGAAGAAUUUAUCGUCGUUUCUGGGGAUUUCGUUACUCUGGAUCUAGUAUGAGGAAAAAAAUAGUUGGACAGCUGCGUCCUUCAAAUGGCCGAAACUACUGGAAGAUCAGAAAGGCACGUGGCUGAAUUGAAACGCCUUCAACUGAAGGCGAAUAGCAAUCCCGAUAACAAAGGAUGCCCUUAAUGAUAAUGAUAAUGAUGAAUAAUUGUAGCAUCUGUUGACCGAAUCAAUGUUUACCGAAUAUUGAGUCUUAUAUAUAAUAAAAUUCAAAAU